UGUUUGUAGUAUGGUUGGGGAGGUAGAAUGUGGUUGGCAGAUAACAUUUGAAGGUAUGGUGCCCAACCUGCUGCAUUGUACAAUACGUACCUGCAUUUUCAAGUGAGAGAUAUAACCACGAUAAUACAAUUUAUGAUUAUACGCAGUACUGUAGAUAUGGACACUGAUAUGUGUUAUUAAUGUUAUAGUGAGAGUUGCAUCAUUUAAGAAGAAUUUUGAAGGUGAAUUUAGCAUGAAGCUGAUUUCUCAGCAGUUACUGGGGCUGGGAAGAGCUGUGAUUCUUCUAGCCAGUGUAAUGCUCAUCAUGGAACUGAGUUCGCCGAGAUCUUCGGGUUCUGGAGGCGGCAUCCUGGAGGCGGUAAGGCAAGAGGUGGGUGGUGUACUGCGGCCUCCAGAUGGACCUUAUUACAAUGAUGCGAAGAUGUGUUUCACUCCAGCGCUAGAGAGUAUAGAGGAGUUCUUCACCUAUAUCAGGACCCCUACAGCACAUUGUCGAACCUCUGCAAGACUCGGGGGAGUGAAGACCCGCCAAGGGGUGUACAACCUCAAGUGGGUGUGUCUGGACUCAAAGUACCACAUCAAGAGGGACUCCUGCCUGGUCUUCUCCUUUGGUAUGGACUCCAAUGGGGAGUUUGAGAAUGACAUUAUGCGACUUGUUGGCUGUAAGGUAUAUGUGUUUGACCCCUCCAUCACCCAAGACACGCACACUAUCAACAUCCACGUCUUGGAUGUGGGCGUUGCUGAUUAUACCGGCACUAUGUUAAUUGGUUGGCGAUUUUACCCAGUAGACCGGUAUGAGAACCUCCUCCUUUCACUGGCACUUGAGAAUUCUGUCGUGGAUUAUCUUAAGAUUGACAUAGAUGGCUCAGAACUUCGCUUCCUUAGGGACAUCUUCACUACCACGCCCUACCUGCCAAAGAAGAUAAAGCAGUUGGGUAUGGUGAUUCAUCCCGGCAAGUACAGUGGAGAGAGUAUUAGAGCACUGGACAUGUUCCAAGACCUCUGGAAGUACUUCAAGCUGUUGGAGUGUUACGGCUUCUCACUGAUCUUCUCCAACCUAAACGAUGUGCCAUCUGAACAGUACACCUGGGAGGGCCAGCGACAGUCCAGGAGUUAUGAGCUUGUAUGGGUGCAUAACCGCUAUUACUGAGGAGUAAGAAUCUUAUUAUUGUAGUUAAGAGGUAAUCUCUGUAUGAAACACUUGUAAGUGAAGGCAGUUAAGACUUUUGUGACUUGAAAUUAACAUUAUAUAUACUGUAUAUUAACAUCUAUGAAAGAAAAAGUGUUAGGGUAAAAAAAAAUGUGAUUAAACUGAGAAGAAAAUAG